AUGCCAGACACAUGGGCCUUCCAACCAAGCCCUACAACAGGUCAAUCUGGAAACACCGUUCCAAAAUACACACCAAACGUCCUUCCUUGCCGAAUCCAUCAUGAUGGUCCGAUCAAUUCCGUUGACCGCUACUGGACACCCGAGGAAAAUGGAGAUGAGGCGCAGACGGUGCAUUUCCGGGGGCGCAAACUGCUAGGACGCCGCGUUGCUGUGCCGGAGGGCUAUCAAGGUGUCAUCGCCACACGCACGGAUAAGGUGUUACCAAGUCAAAAUCAACAGGCGGCCGACGAGGAGGCCGAACCCGAGCAGCCGGUUGGGGUUAUCGAGACACAGGGCACAUUCGACGAGGUGAUUGUAUGGGGACAUGAGAGUCUUCCGCUUGCAGAUGAUACUUUCGUCAAGGGAGUUGAGGAGUGGGUAAAAUUCGCUGAGAAGGUAUGUCAAGCUUCGCUUCUUGUGGUUUAUCAUCUGACCUUUUUUAGAUGCAUGCGCCAGCGAUGCCUGUCACUAAUG